AUGGGAGCGAAUAUCUCAGGUGGGUUGCCGGAAUUUGAUCGGAACGGUGAAGGUUACUCGAGGAAAUCCAGAUUGGUUGAUUUACCGGAGAAUUGUGUUGCGUUGAUUAUGAUGCGGCUUGAUCCACCGGAGAUUUGCCGGCUUGCUCGUCUCAACAGGGUAUUCCGACGAGCUUCCUCUGCAGAUUUCAUUUGGGAAUCGAAGUUGCCUUCGAAUCAUCGGGUGAUUGCAGAGAAGGUGUUCGAUGAAAUUACUCUGAGGAAAAUGAUUAAGAAAGAUCUUUAUGCGAAGCUUACAAGGCCCAAUCUAUUCGAUGGUGGUAUAAAGGAAUUGUGGAUAGAUAAGAACACGGGUCGUCUUUGUGUAUCCAUUUCUUCGAAGGCACUAAGGAUUACUGGUAUUGAUGAUCGGAGAUACUGGAGUCAUAUACCAACCGAUGAAUCCAGGUUCCAUUCAGUUGCAUAUGUUCAACAAAUAUGGUGGUUUGAAGUAGGAGGAGAGUUUGAGAUCCAAUUUCCAUCUGGAGCAUACAGUCUAUUCUUCCGUAUCCAGCUCGGUAAAACAUCGAAGAGGCUCGGACGGAGAAUCUGCAACUCGGAACACAUUCACGGAUGGGACAUUAAACCGGUGAGGUUUCAGCUUGCAACUUCAGACAACCAACAAGCUGUUUCACUGUGUUAUCUAGACAACAACAACCUUGGAAACUGGAGUCACUAUCACGUCGGAGAUUUCAAAGUGGUAAAUCCAGAUAUAUCAACAGGAAUCAAAUUCUCGAUGACUCAGAUCGAUUGCACUCAUACGAAAGGUGGGUUAUGCAUAGACUCUGUUCUUAUAUUACCCAAAGAAAGUGCAAAAGAAACCAUUGGAUCAGACUAG